CAAACAAAAAUCCGCCUAUAAACUACUCUUCUUUCUUUCUUUGUUUCUUCUGCAUAGCUAUAUCAAUCUCAAGCAUGACGAGUUCUUGGCAUAGGGUGAACUAUGCAACGCCAAGAGGCUUUGGCACAUCACUAAAAGCAAACCUAAAAGAAACAUUUUUUCCAGAUGAUCCAUUCCAUGAAUUCAAGAAUGAGCCACUUUCACGUAGAAUUCUAAAGGGGACUCAAUACUUUGUUCCAAUUUUUGAAUGGUUACCAAAGUACAGUUUGAAGCUCUUCAAGUAUGAUCUUCUUGCUGGAAUAACUAUUGCUAGCCUUGCCAUCCCUCAAGGGAUAAGCUAUGCAAAGCUCGCAAACAUUCCUCCAAUCAUUGGACUUUAUUCGAGCUUUGUUCCUCCUCUUAUUUAUGCGGUUUUUGGAAGUUCAAAGCACCUUGCUGUAGGGACAGUGGCUGCUUGCUCGUUGCUUAUUGCAGCAACCAUUGAGGAAAAAGUGAAGGCUAACGAUAAUAUGCCUCUCUAUCUCAGUUUGGUCUUCACCGCCACUCUUUUCGCUGGUUUGGUUCAGACUGCUCUGGGUUUGCUAAGACUUGGGAUUUUGGUAGAUUUUCUAUCACAUUCAACCAUAACUGGAUUUAUGGGAGGGACAGCAAUAAUUAUUUGCUUGCAGCAACUAAAGGGCAUGCUUGGUUUGAAACAUUUCACUACCCAUACUGAUGUGGUCUCUGUCUUACGUGCUAUCUUCCACAACAGAAAAGAGUGGAAGUGGGAGAGUGCCGUUGUUGGUAUAAUCUUCCUAAUUUUCCUGCAAUUCACUAGAUUUGUGAAAAACAAGAAACCAAAGCUAUUUUGGGUUUCAGCCAUAGCUCCAAUGGUAACUGUCAUGGUUGGUUGCCUUUUCGCUUACUUCGCCCAUGCUGAAAAACAUGGCAUCCAAAUCGUUGGACAUUUGAGUAAAGGAAUAAAUCCUUCAUCCAUUCAUCUCUUAAAUUUCAAUCCGAAGUACAUAUCAGCACCUAUAAAAGCAGGAGUCAUCACAGCAGUGAUUUCUCUAGCUGAAGGAAUAGCCAUUGGACGGAGUUUUGCCAUCAUCAGAAAUGAACAAGUUGAUGGCAACAAGGAAAUGAUUGCCAUUGGUCUCAUGAACAUUUUUGGAUCUUUGGCUUCAUGCUACUUGACCACCGGUAAUAUAGUUAUUCACUUAAAAUCAAAAGGGGUGCUAGUAGAGAACUAG